AUUCGCUCUUAGCUAUUCUUAGGAGCCUCCCGGGAGCUCUGCACAGCCUGGCCAGGCAGCAAGGGACAGAGCAGAGAAGGCAGCUGCUGUCAGCACCAGUAUGUCCUACAGUGUGACUCUGACAGGGCCCGGGCCCUGGGGCUUCCGUCUGCAGGGAGGCAAGGACUUCAAUAUGCCCCUCACCAUCUCCCGGAUCACUCCAGGCAGCAAGGCAGCCCAGUCCCAGCUCAGCCAAGGAGACCUUGUGGUGGCCAUUGAUGGGGUCAACACGGACACCAUGACCCACCUGGAGGCCCAGAACAAGAUCAAGUCUGCCAGCUACAACCUGAGCCUUACCCUGCAGAAGUCCAAGCGUCCUAUUCCCAUCUCCACAGCAGCGCCCCCUAUCCAGUCCCCACUGCCAGUGAUCCCCCACCAGAAGGACCCUGCUCUGGACACGAACGGCAGCCUGGCGACUCCCAGCCCCAGCCCCGAGGCGAGGGCCAGCCCAGGCACCCUGGAGUUCGGGGACACCUUUAGCUCCUCCUUCUCCCAGACCUCUGUCUGCACCCCACACAUGGAGGCCCUGGAGCCUGCCCUUCCUCAGGGCAGCCCAGUGGCCAAGGCCAGCCCAGAGGGUGUACAGGGCUCAGUCAGCCCCAAAGUUCUGCCAGGCCCCAGCCAACCGAGACAAUAUAACAACCCCAUUGGCCUGUACUCAGCAGAGACCCUGAGGGAGAUGGCUCAGAUGUAUCAGAUGGGCCUCCGAGGGAAGGCCUCAGGUGCUGGACUCCUAGGAGGGAGCCUCCCAGUGAAAGACUUGGCCGUGGACAGCGCCUCUCCGGUCUACCAGGCUGUGAUCAAAAACCAAAGCAAGCCGGAAGACGAGGCUGAUGAGUGGGCCCGCCGCUCCUCCAACCUGCAGUCCCGCUCCUUCCGAAUCCUGGCCCAGAUGACAGGGACAGAGUACAUGCAAGACCCUGACGAAGAGGCUCUGCGAAGGUCAAGCACCCCUAUUGAGCAUGCUCCAGUGUGCACCAGCCAGGCCACUCCCCCGCUGCUGCCUGCUUCUGCCCAGCCGCCCGCUGCUGCCUCUCCCAUUGCGGCCUCGCCAACCCUGGCCACAGCUGCUGCUGCCCAUGCUGCUACUGCCUCUGCUGCAGGUCCUGCCUCAAGCCCUGUGGAGAGUCCGAGGCCACAGGCCUCUGCCUACAGCCCCUCAGCAGCUGCUUCUCCAGCACCCUCUGGCCACACCAGCUACAGUGAGGGUCCAGCUGCCCCUGCACCCAAGCCCCGAGUUGUAACCACUGCCAGCAUUCGGCCUUCUGUUUACCAGCCAGUGCCUGCAUCUACCUACAGCCCGUCUUCAGGAGCCAAUUACAGUCCCACUCCCUAUACCCCCUCACCUGCUCCUGCUUAUACCCCCUCCCCUGCACCUACCUAUACCCCCUCCCCUGCUCCCACCUAUACCCCCUCCCCUGCUCCCACCUAUUCCCCUUCCCCUGCACCAGCUUAUACCCCCUCCCCUGCUCCAAACUAUAACCCCGCACCAUCAGCAGCCUACAGUGGGGGCCCUGCAGAGUCUGCCAGCCGCCCACCCUGGGUGACCGAUGACAACUUCUCUCAGAAGUUUGCUCCUGGAAAGAGCACCACCUCUGUCAGCAAGCAGACCCUGCCCCGGGGGGCUCCAGCUUACAACCCAACAGGGCCACAGGUGACCCCUCUCACCAGGGGCACCUUCCAGAGAGCUGAGCGCUUCCCAGCCAGCAGCCGGGCUCCCCUCUGUGGGCACUGCAAUAAUGUCAUCAGGGGCCCUUUCCUGGUAGCCAUGGGUCGCUCUUGGCAUCCAGAAGAGUUCAACUGUGCCUACUGCAAGAACUCCCUGGCAGAUGUGUGCUUUGUGGAGGAGCAGAACAAUGUUUACUGUGAACGGUGCUACGAGCAGUUUUUUGCCCCACUCUGUGCCAAGUGCAAUACCAAGAUCAUGGGGGAAGUGAUGCACGCUCUGAGACAGACGUGGCAUACCACCUGCUUCGUCUGUGCAGCCUGCAAGAAACCUUUUGGAAACAGCCUCUUCCACAUGGAGGAUGGAGAGCCAUACUGUGAGAAAGACUACAUCAAUCUGUUCAGCACCAAGUGUCACGGAUGUGAUUUUCCUGUGGAAGCUGGCGACAAGUUUAUUGAAGCCCUGGGCCACACCUGGCAUGACACCUGCUUCAUCUGUGCGGUCUGCCAUGUGAAUCUGGAGGGUCAGCCAUUCUACUCCAAGAAAGACAAACCACUGUGCAAGAAGCACGCACAUGCCAUCAACGUGUAGGGGCCCAGAGUGGCUGGUGUGGGCCAGGCCUGGGCUGCUCAUGCUACCGACAAUGAAGGAGUCAAAGAAGCUGAUGUUUCUUCUGGGGGGAGAGGGGGGAGGGUGAGAGGAAUGAUUGAGCCUUUUGAAGUCUAAUUUUAGUCUUUUCUUGUACACACAGAUUGUGUAUUUGCGUAGUUCAGACUAGAAGCCAAAAGAAGAUUCUAAACCCAGCUAGUAAUUAAUCCAUGGCUGGAACCGCACUUCAGACUUUUGGGAAAGGAUUCCAAGAAAUCAAAAAAUGAAAAACAAAAAGCAAUGUUCAAAAAUGAUCCACCUUCCUGGCCAUCACUGUCACCAGUGUAGGGACAGAGCUCAGGGUUAGUUAUGGAGAAUCCAAAGGACACAGCAGAGUUUUGGAGAGCUCCUUGGCAAACACAAUGAUGUGCCAAACAGUAUUUGCUGUGGGGUUAUUUUUAGAGCCGGCACUGAGAGCUCCUAAGCUAAGACCCAUUGGGCCUUCCUCACCAAAAAAGGAAGAGCUGUUCCAUCAGCAUCACAGGGCUUCCUCUGCACAUCGGACUUCAGAUGUAGAACAAAUGUGAAACCUGUAAGGGGAGCCCAGACGUCUGAAGCGAUGUCGGGCCACCACUGGGCAAGUGGAGGGGCUCCAGGAAGGUCUUUGGCUCAUGCCACAGACAACUGAGAAAAGAUGAGCUCUCUCUGCGUCUCCCCCUUUCAGCCUGAAACCUCUAAUGUCCCUGGAAGGCUUCGCUCCUUUUUGAAUUGUCAUGGCAAAGUGAAAUUGGGGUUCUCCAGUUUUGCUUUAUAAUGUGUCAGAAGAGGUUUG